AUGCCAUCAAAACGUAAGGAAAGAGCAAUUUUGCUAAAAAUUGAAAAAGCAAGCGGAAUUGGAUCAAAGGCUGCUAAGGCUGGUAACACUGAAAUGGCUGAGAACCCGAGCAGCGACGGUUUAUCAGAGGCGGAAAGGCUAAGAGAAGACGAACUGGCACAAGAAUUAGAACACAGUGACUCUAUUGAAGACGAUACACAGGAAAUAUCAUUAGAAAUAGAAGAAAAAUUGUUAAAAGAUGAACCAGAAUACACUACUUUAGUAAACUAUGGAGAAGGUGUUCAGAAUACUAACAUAGAAAGUGAAGUUAUUGAAACAUACUCUGAUAGUUCCCAAAAUGUUGAAACUAUUCAUAGAGCUGAUGAACUUGGCAAUAUAUACACAGAUAACUCUGAUACAUUUAUAAGUUCACAACCAGACACUCUUACUGAUCAAUAUGAACCGUACAUUAAUGAUUAUGCUUUUGACCAAUCUACUCUUGAACAAACACAAGUAGAAACUUCAGUUAAGUAUGACAAAUUGGAUCUUGAUGAAAGUGCAGACAACACAAUUGUACCAAACAUCAGUGAUUUUCAACAAAGUGAAUCAGCAAAUACUUAUGAAUCUCAGAUGACAGAAGAAAUGCUAAUAAAUGAGCGAGAAAGAGAAAAGAAAAGUAAAAAGGAAUUAGAAGAAGAGGAGCGUGAAAAGAUGCAAGUUCUUGUCUCAAAUUUUACAGAAGAACAACUGGAUAGAUAUGAAAUGUACAGACGUGCAGCUUUUCCUAAAGCAGCUAUCAAAAGGCUAAUGCAAACAAUAACAGGAUGUUCUGUUGGACAAAAUGUGGUCAUAGCUAUGUCUGGUAUUGCCAAAGUAUUUGUUGGAGAAGUUGUAGAAGAAGCUCUUGAGGUACUGGAUAAGUCAGGUGAAGCUGGACCACUGCAGCCAAAACAUCUUCGUGAAGCACUCCGGAGAUUAAGAGUAAGAGGAGCCAUAUCAGCUCGAAAAGCACACAGGAGUAUGUUCAGACUUUAG